GAUGGCGGCGGCAGUGACCUUCUGUAGGUACCUCGGCCGGAGCGGCGCCGCGGCGCUUAGUCUGCCCCGGGCCGUCAGGUGUUUCGGGGUGCGCGUCGCGCCGACCGGAGAGAAGGUCACGCACACCGGCCAGGUUUAUGAUGAUAAAGACUACAGGAAAAUUCGAUUUGUAGGUCGUCAGAAAGAGGUGAAUGAGAACUUUGCCAUUGAUUUGAUAGCCGAGCAGCCCGUGAGUGAAGUGGAGAGUCGCGUAGUGUCGUGUGAUGGCGGUGGGGGGGCUCUCGGUCACCCGAAAGUCUACAUAAAUUUGGACAAAGAAACAAAAACUGGAACAUGCGGUUACUGUGGCCUCCAGUUCAAACAGCACCAUCACUAGAGCAGACCAUGCCCCUGGGUCUUGGGAGGCUAAGCAUGUGAGCAUUUCAGUGUUCUGUUCGCUAAAGUAGGGAAGGUCCUCGUGCUGCCCGGGGGGUGUUCCUACUGUGAAUAAAGGGCGUUGUUAAGGA